UUGUUUCCAGCCGGAAGCUCUGUGUGUGGGACUCGGGCAGCCAAACGAAACAUGGCGGAGUACAUUCAAGUGCUGCGGAGGGGGUUACAGCAGAUCCGGGCGAGGGGAAUUAUCGGCUCUUGCUGGCAGCUCCUCAGAUCUGCUGAAUUGAAAACCGGCACACUCAUUGGCGUGGACAAGUAUGGCAAUAAAUAUUAUGAAGACAAACGUUAUUUCUUUGCACGUCACCGAUGGGUAGACUACACAUCUGAGAUGAAUGGAAAAUACACUUAUUGGAAUCUGGAUGGCAGUAUGGUGCCCCCUGAAUGGCAUCGCUGGCUGCAUUGCAUGACAGAAAAUCCUCCUACCACUCACCCUCCUGCUGAUCAUAAAUAUAUAUGGGAGACUCACCAAUUCAACCUGAGUGCCACUCCAGGACAGUAUGUACCAUACUCUACAACUCGCAAGAAGAUAGAGGAAUGGGUUCCUCCUCCCUCAUCUAAGCUUUAAAAAGGAAUGCCAGAUGUAUUCUGGUCACACAGAUAUUUAAUAAAACCGAAUUUCUUUAAAUACA